AUGGCGGCAACAAAUAUUCUCAUUUAUCUGCUUCGGCACGACCUGCGCGUUUUAGACAAUCCGAUCCUCCACCACCUGUCGACCACCCCAGACCACGGCUUCACUCAUGUGCUUCCAGUCUACGUGUUUCCUGCACACCAGAUCGAGAUAUCCGGCUUCCUUCGGGAGGGCACCAAAUCCCCCUAUCCCGAAGCUCGCAGCGAGAUUGGAAAGUUUUGGCGAUGUGGGCCCCAUCGCACCAAGUUCGUUGCCCAGUCUGUUUGGAAUCUGAAGGAUUCCCUUGAAAGUGUGGGCAGCGGCCUAUCCCUUCGAGCAGGCAAGUUUGGCGACGUUGUCGCCGACCUUCUCCAAGGAUUUGCCGACAAACAGCAGAAAGUUGGCGCCAUAUGGAUGACGGCUGAGGAAGCCAUCGAGGAGAAGAAGGAUGAAAAAGCCGUGUCCGCAGCCUGUGAGAAGCAUGGAGUCGCCUUUAAAUCUUGGUUGGACGAGAAGUACUUCAUUGAUGACCGCGACCUACACUUUAAAUCUCCAGACGAACUGGCCGAUGUCUUCACGGCCUUCAGAAAGACACAGGAACCACUACGCGAAAAGCCAAGGCCCGCGCUACCCCGUCCCGCAAAGGGAUCUCUCCCACCUUACCCAGAUGAAUCUAUCAUUCCUCCUCAGCAAACACCAUUCCAGAUUCCUUCAACCUAUGACGAACUGGAGUCAGCCCUUCUCAAACCCUUGACAAGCCCAUUCUCCGAAGAACCCAAGUUCCCCGAGAACGCCCGAUCGGUACACCCAUUUAGGGGCGGCGAAGACGUUGCCAUCGAGAGGCUCGACCACCUUAUCAAGACGGGAUCGAUGUCUAGUUACAAGGACACUCGUAACGGACUCCUCGGGAUUGAUUUUAGCACCAAACUCUCGGCUUACUUGUCAUUCGGAUGUUUGACAUCCCGACAAAUCCACGAGGCAUUGGUUAAAUUUGAGGACGGUCAGGACGAAAGAUUCAAAGAAACCUCGGGAUACGGAAAGGGCGAGAACGAGGGGACUAAGGCAGUUCGAUUCGAGCUACUCUGGCGCGACUACAUGAGGCUUUGUACAAGGAAGUUUCGAGGAAAGCUCUUCCGCGUUACUGGAUUCAAGGGGGACACGACACCAAAAUGGAAGUCAGCGGAUCCGGAACACGUGGUCUCCGAUGACAAUUUGGGAGCCUCAGUCGAAGAAAUCCAGAAGAUUCUGCAACGAUUCAUUGACGGCACCACUGGUAUGGGCUUAAUCGACGCUUCACAACGAGAGCUCUAUCACACAGGUUACACGUCCAACCGGGCAAGGCAGAAUGUUGCCUCGUUCUUGACCAAACAUCUCGGCAUCGACUGGCGUUAUGGUGCGGAAUGGUACGAAUAUCUCCUUGUCGAUUACGACGUCAGCUCCAAUUGGUCCAAUUGGCAGUAUGUCGCUGGAGUUGGCAACGAUCCUCGCGGAGACAAUAGAAUCUUUAACCCAGUUAAGCAAGCUUUUGAUUAUGACAAGGCUGGAGAGUAUGUCAAGGCUUGGGUGGUCGAAACACGCGAGAUCGAAAAACUCGAGAAUGUCUUCCAACUAUGGACUACACCCGAAGAAGAAUUGGAGCGUCUGGGUCUCAGCAAAAGCAUUCUGGUUACAGAUCCCAUCAAGAAAAUCGAGUUUUCGGUGGAAGGGAAGCCCAAAACUGGUCGACGCGGAAGCUUCGGUGGCAGAGGAGGAGGGUUCAACAACUCGUACUACGUUCCGAACGCUCAACCCAACAGUCAUCCUAAUGGCCAGCCUCGCCCGCAAUGGACAACCACGGGAUCCGGCCCGAUCUCGUAA